AAGGACGACGAGAUCGACAAAUACAGCCAACACCUCGAGAAACUCAAGGAGCAAGUGGUCGAACAGGAAGAGCUGAUCUCCUCAUCGCGAAGGGAUAACGAACUCUUGCAACAGGAGACGACUCGCAUUCAACAAGAAAACGAAUCCGCAAAAGAAGAGGUGAAGGAAGUGUUGCAGGCGUUGGAAGAAUUAGCCGUAAAUUAUGACCAGAAAUCGCAAGAAGUCGAGUCUCGGAAUCGAGAGUUUGAGACUUUGAGUGAAGAUCUGAAUACGAAAUUAAGUUCAUUGAAUAGCACUCAAUCAGAAUUACAGCAAAUGAAAGAACAAAGCCUUCAUCAGAGGAAACGCCUCAACGAAAUGCUCACUAAUCUAAUGAAAGACUUGGGAGAAGUUGGCACCAUUUUGGGGGCCAAUCCCAGCUCUGUUAUCGGCGAACUCAAAGUGGCCGGAGAUAGCAAUAAAAUGGAGGACGAGUUCACUGUCGCCCGACUCUACAUCAGCAAAAUGAAGAGUGAGGUCAAGGCAUUGACUUCGCGUACGCAACAAAUGGAAAGCCUUCAGACGACUUGCAAUAAGAAGAUUGAAUCCCACGAAAAAGAAUUAGCC